AUGACCCUGAUGCUGCGCAGGCGCACGGGCAGCCCAGCAGCGCUCACGGACUUAAAUGAAGCCGCCGGCGUCAGUAACGCGGAUGCACAGUCAUUAUCCGAAUGCAACUUUUUGCAAGAAUAUGAUACAUCGAAUACAGAACAAGAUUCAGUCCAGUGUUACAGCCACAGUGAUGCACCAUCUCAGGUCUUAAAAACCACGGCUGUUUCUGCCUUUGGAGGGGAGCAGCAGGCUUCUGCCGGGGCCCCGCGCAGACUCUCCCGAGGCCCCGGGCUCCGUGGCAGGUCCCGUCAGGCCGCCUUGGCCCGACUUGCACUGGAGCCUGGCAGCAGCCCGAGCCUCGCAGGUCCAGGCUGGGAUGGCCGUGCAUACGGUGUGUGCGCGGCUCCGCGCUCACCUGGUGCGGAGCGGGAAGCCGGCCCCGAGGGCCACGUGACGCCGUGCCAAAGUGACUGCUCGGUGGCGGGGGCGGGGGGCGGGAAGGGGGGCACCGGGCCCGCGGCGUCCCCUGCUGGCUGGUCUGGGCCGCGCCUCCUUGACCUGCUCCGGAUCCUGCUCCGGUUUCUUGGGAGGACGCGGCCACGCGGGUGGAGGUGGUUCCGCCUGCAUCCGGAUGCUACAAGCGAGUGUCCGCAGCCCCGCAGCGCCCGCAGGCCUCGCCGACCGACCGCAGGGCGCACAGACGGGGCGGGGUGGGUGGGCCGGGAGAACCCUGCUUAA